AUGUCCAGCGAGGACGAGGCUCCCAAGCCAGCAACCACCGUACCAAGGACAGGCAUGGCUCGUUUCAUGCGCGGCGUCGGCUCCUCCGAUUCCAGCUCCAGCGAGUCCAGUGACGAAAGCGAGUCAGAUGAGGACGACGAGGAUGAGGACGAGGAUGACGAUGACGAAGACGAGAAGGGAAUCCGCAUCCUCAGUGCCCAGGAGAAACGCCUCAAGGAGAUGGAAGCAACAGGCAAAGCUAUCGAAAACGGUCUCAAGAUUAACGAUUGGGUAGCAAUUUCAAACGAGUUCGACAAGCUCGGAAGAAUGGUCCACAGACAGCAAAACAUGUCAGAGCCUGCUGCCCCACUUUAUCUCAAAUCCUUGAUCAACCUCGAAUCGUCAAUCAACACCACCGUUUCCAAGGAAAAAGAGGCAAAAAAGAAGAUGAACGCAACCAACGCAAAGGCCCUUACUGCCAUGAAGCAGAAGAUUAAAAAAGCUUUGAAGGAAUUCGAGGACGACGUUUCAAAAUACCAAAAGGACCCAGAGGCCUUUGAACGUGAAUACCUGGCCCACAUCUCCCAGGCGACACAGACUCCUGCUACUCGCGGUCCCGCUGCUGCCGCUGCCCCUGCUACCGACGCUGACGAGUUCACCACCGUCGGCAAGGGUGGACGAGCCCAGCAGUAUACCUCUGAGACCAUCUUUAAGCACUUGCAGGCCGUCCAGGAAGCCCGAGGCAAAAAGAACACUGACCGUGCCGAGCAAAUCCGUAUUUUGGAAAAGCUCCUCGAGGUCUCUGUUACACCAUACCAACGCAUUCGGGUUCUCCUUGCUUUGAUCUCCUACCGCUUCGACUAUAAUUCGGCCUUGUCCACGCACAUGCCAGCCGAACUUUGGCUCGCUGCUCAACGCGAGGUCGACCAGUUGUUGUCCAUUGUCACCACCGACACCAAUUACUCUGUCCAAGAGAUCACUGACGACUAUGACGAAUUGGUGGAGAGGUCGCCCGAGACUGAAGGCGGUGUCGUCAAGAUUCGCGGUUCCAUCAUCAGCUUUGUCGACCGAUUGGACGAUGAGUUUACUCGCAGCUUGCAGAACAUUGACCCCCACGGCACAGAAUACGUCGAUCGCCUCAAGGAUGAGAAGGUCUUGUACACCACCAUCUGUCGCUCUCAGGCUUUCUACGAGAAGACAGACCCCAAGGACCCUCUUGCCCGCGUUAUCAUGAGGAGAUUGGAACACAUCUACUCCAAGCCCAAUGCUGUCGUGCAAGCGCUAGAGUCAGCCGCUGCCAGCGAUGUCCAGGUCAAGCCCACAAUGAGCUUGGAGAUCCAAGGUGACACCACUGCUCUGAUCCAUGCCCUCUGCGCCCACCUCUACAAGUCUGGCAACUCUCUUCUCCGGACCCGUGCCAUGCUCAGCCAUAUCUACCACCACGCCUUGUACAACAACUUUUACACUGCCCGGGACAUGCUUCUCAUGUCCCACCUUCAAGAAUCCAUCCACUCGGCGGAUGUUGCGACCCAGAUUUUGUACAACAGAACCGUGGUACAGCUCGGCUUGUGCGCUUUCCGACUCGGCUUGAUCAAGGAGGCACAAUCAACGCUCCUCGAGAUCUUCACUACCCAGCGGGUGAAGGAGUUGCUUGCUCAAGGUGUCCACCAGCAACGAUUCCAAACCCUUACCCCCGAACAGGAGAAGGCCGAGAAACAACGCCAGUUGCCAUUCCACAUGCACAUCAACACUGAGCUCCUCGAAGCCGCUUUCCUCGUAUCCAGCAUGCUUGUGGAGAUCCCUCUGUUGGCUAGCAUCGAUUCUGAGGAGCAGAGGCGCAAGACCAUCUCCAAGCCUUUCAGGAGGUUGCUCGACUUUGCUGACCGACAGGUGUUCACCGGUCCCCCCGAGAGCACUCGCGAUCAUAUCAUGCAGGCUAGCAAAGCAUUGCAAGACGGUGAAUGGGAGAAAUGCCGUGACCUUAUCCAGAGCAUCAAGAUCUGGAGUCUCAUGCCCGAGUGCGCGUCUGUGAAGGAGAUGCUCGCCAAACGGAUACAAGAGCAAGGCUUGAAGACCUACUUGUUCACGUAUGCUCCCCAUUACAGCAGUUGUUCCCUCUCACUCCUCUCCCGAACCUUUGCACUCCCCCUUCGUACUGUGUCCUCUAUCGUUUCCAAGAUGAUCUGGAACGAAGAGUUGUCAGCAUCGCUCGACCAAUCCGCGGGCGUUGUUGUGUUCCAUAGGAUGGAGCUUUCGCGACAACAGCAACUGGCGCAGACCAUCGCGGACAAACUCGGUGUCCUUGUUGACCAGAACGAGAAGACACUCGAUGUCAAGAUGGGCGGAUCAGUUGGAUGGAAUGAAAGGGGAGGGGACAAGGGCGCCAAAGGUGGCGAGCAGGCGCAGGAGCGUCGUGGACGAGGGGAACGAACGAGAGGAGCAAGGGGAGGCGCUCGUGGAGGACGUGGAGCUCGUUUCGCUCAGGGCUUGGGCAACCAGAUGCCAGGAGGCGGUCAACGGCAAGCGUAG